AUGGAGGUGAGCACAGAGGAAGCGGAAACCAAAGACUUUAAGAGUUGUAAGUGUGGUGAAUUUGAGAAGUGGAUAGUAGAAUUAGAAUUGGAGAUUGAAAAGAGAAAGAGUGAGUAUCAAGAACUUGAAGCUAAGUUUAAGGAACUGGGAGAGGCAAAGAAUGGUCUUGAAAAUGAAGUAAAGGGUUUGAGGGCAAAGAAUGGUAAGGUCAAAGAGGCGAAUGGGGUAGUUCAUUUGACAGUGCAGGAAGAGGAAGAUCAGGUGAUGCAGUUAAUGAUUGAGAACAAAGUUUUGGAAUGUGAGAAGAAAACCGCUGAAAGAGAAGUUGAAGUCUGGAAACAAAAAUACAAGGAAUUGGAGUUGUAUGUUUCGAAGCUGGAUGAUUGUGUGGUAUCGAAAGGCGGGGAGCGAGAAUUGAAUCAAGUGAUUAGAGGUAAAGAUGGUGCAGACCCUACUUGUAAUACUCCAGGCACACCUUUCACUGACAUUAUGUGUAACCACACUGUUGGUGGGAAGCUUGGUAUCUAUCUGGAUUCUGAAGGGAAAUCUGGUAGACAAGUUAGGAAGAAUUUAUCAUUUGAAGAAGGUGAAAGUCCCAGCAAGAAGAUGGCUCCAUCAACCCCAGGUUAUGUUCGUCCUGUGGGUCCAAAUGUUAUCAACAUUUGUGACAGUGACGAUGAAUCUGAUAUCAGUGGCAUUCAAAUGGUUACUCCUGAUGACCAGGUAAACGGAAAGGGCAAUGUAAUGUUUCAUUCAUUAGAGGGAACUCCAGAUAGUGAAAAUCAAAAGAUUGCUGAGAUCAUUUUAAAGGGGGCAGUUUGCAGCCAGAUUUGUGAAGAAGAUAUGGAUGCCUGCAAUAAUAAUGUUCCACGUGUUUCUACUCCCAAAAGAAAAAGAGCUGCUAACAUUGUUGCCAGUGAUACUGAGAGUGAUGAAGAUGACAAUGUUCCAAUAUCUAAACUAAAGAAAAUGCAUCUUCAGGAAUCAAUUCCUCAUGAAGCAAGUUUCGAUAGUGUGAGUCUUAUGAGUGACGAUUUUAAAGGUCCUGUAACUCGUUCAAGGCAGCGUUUGGCGACAUUGAGGCAACAUGAAAGAAAAGUUAAGGCAAGGAGCUCUUCAACUAAGACCUCUGCAACCAACUACCAACGAGGAAUUCCUACUACAGAUGAUGUUGAAGAUAGUGAAGAAUCUGAUGACACUGGAUCACACAGUGAAGGUGAGAGCUUAGAUGGUUUUAUUGUGAACGACACCCAUGUAUCUGAUGCUGAUGAUACUUCAAGUCAGUCAGAAGAGAAAUCAGAUGGUGGCAAUGAUGCUUUCAGUCAGCCAGAAGAUGAAGGUGAUGAUGGUUCUAGUCUGUCAGGAGAUGAAUCUGAUGGUGAUACGGACCUUGGUAAGAUUUUGUCUAGAUUUCAAAGGAGCAAGGAUCAUAAGUUCAAGUGGGAGUUUGAGGGAGAUAUGCUCGCUGACUUUGGUAAAGAUCCUGAACUGUGUAUGAAAGCUGUGUGUGCUCUCUAUCGGCAGCAAACUGCUGAGGAAAAAAUUAGCAAGGAAACAUUGCAUGACAACGGUCGGGGAUUUAGCAAAUUUGAUGCUCAGAGGGGCAGUAAGUUGGCUGAGUUUCUCAUUGAUGGAGAUCCCUCUGGGGAUCUAAAGAAAUCUGUCCAGGAGUUGCAAGAACACAACUCGAAUGGGGUUAAACUGUGCCAAAAAUUGGCUACUCACUACUCUAAGCAAUUGUUUCAGAUCUACAAGAACAAAGAGGAUCCUCUUUUCCUCCCUCGUGAUCAGGAGAAUGUUUUAGACAGCAUUUCUCCAAGUGAGCACAUGCAAGGUGACUUCCCAUUCUCUGGAUUACGGAUCAUGGUUCCAGCCCAUCAUGUCACGGACAGGUGGCUGAAAGAAUUGGAAAAAGACAACGUGUUAGGUGUCCUCACGCUGAAAUUAGGUAUGGUUUUGUUAGAACAAGAUGCGUUGGACCAAGAAAAUGCUAUUCAACUUGACUCCAAAUUUUACUUAGUGAACGCUGCACUAGUUUGUUCACAGAACCAUGUCACCCUCAUGAACUCCCCUACAAAAGGCCACCUCCAUAGUUCAUUGUCUGCAGAAGAAAGAGAGAGCAUGGAAUCAGUCACUUUUUGGGCAGGAGGGAGAGUGAAGGAACAGCAAGAGAAGUGUGGAGGGUUUCAGAUGCCCUUGCACUACCCUAGGUACUCAAGAUCUGAGUACGAGACAAUGCCUGAGUGGCAGCUGGAUCGCUUGCUCACGGAAUAUGGACUUCCAGUGGUUGGAAGCGUUGAGCAGAAGAGGAAGUUUUCCAUAGGAGCUUUUCUUUGGCCUCGCUAG